CUUCUUGGGGUGUGUGUGUGUGUGUGUGUGUGUGUGUGUGUGUGGCCGCGGCCCGAGCCUGUGGCGCGCGGGUAGGCGAACGGGGAAGAUCCCCGGCGCGGUUAAAAGAACCAUGGAUGGCCCGACGCGGGGACAUGGACUCCGGAAAAAGCGGAGGUCGCGAUCACAGCGAGACCGGGAGAGACGCUCCCGGGCCGGCUUAGGAAGCGGUGCGGCGGGUGGUGGCGGCACCGGCCGGACCCGGGCUCCCUCGCUGGCUUCCUCGUCGGGCUCCGACAAGGAAGACAAUGGAAAGCCCCCAUCCUCCGCCCCGUCCCGGCCCAGACCCCCGCGGAGGAAGCGCCGAGAGUCCACCUCAGCCGAAGAGGACAUCAUUGAUGGAUUUGCCAUGACCAGCUUUGUUACUUUUGAAGCGCUGGAGAAAGAUGUAGCAGUGAAGCCUCAGGAACGCGCAGAGAAGCGGCAGACUCCCCUGACCAAGAAGAAACGAGAAGCUCUCACCAAUGGCUUGUCUUUUCACUCCAAGAAGAGCCGGCUCAGCCACGCGCACCACUACAGCUCGGACCGAGAGAACGACCGCAACCUCUGCCAGCACCUUGGGAAGAGGAAGAAGUUGCCUAAGGGACUCCGACAGGUGAGCCAGCCUGGUUCAUUCUUUCCUAGGACCUUCUCUUCCCUCCUGUGCCUCUGCAGUUCUCAGUGGGUGACCUUAUUAUGA